AAAGAAUAAUAAUAUAAUUAUUAUUGAAGUGAUAGUGAAAUUUUAUUAACAAUGUCUUCGGAUCAGGAAGUACUUUAUAGUCCGAGCAAAUGGAGCAAAAGAUUCGAUCAAAUACAAAUAUUAUCAAAUCACUAUAAAUUUUCUAAAGAGGUUACCGAAAAUGCUCGUAAAACUUUAAAAUGUGAACUUGAUAUUUCGUAUGGAACAACAAAAGGAACUAAAUACGAUAUUUAUGGAACUGAUUUACCUAAAGACUCCCCUAUAUUUAUAUUCAUUCAUGGUGGUUAUUGGCAAGAAGGUAGUAAAGAUAUAUCUGCAUAUGCAGCUCCUGUCUUUGUUAAUAAAGGAAUUAAAGUUAUAACCAUUGGUUACGAUUUAUGUCCUAAUGUUAAACUUAGGGAUAUAAUAUCGCAGAUAAAAACAGCAAUUACACAUAUACUAAAAUCUGCUUCGAGUCUCAAAUGUCGGAAUGUUUGGAUGUCUGGCCAUAGCGCUGGUGCACAUUUAGCGUCCAGUAUUUUAUAUGAUAAAUUAUGGUUAGAUGAAAUGACAAAACAUGGAUACUUAUAUCUAUUAAAAGGUAUCGUGUUAAUAGGUGGCAUUUUUAAUUUGGAACCUCUUGUCAAUACUAGUAAUAAUAUAGCUUUAAAACUUACAAAAGAUGAAAUCGACGCAUACAGUUUUACCAUUCUCAAUACUAAGAAUAAUACUCCUAUCCAAGGGUUAAAAGUUAUUGUAACCAAUGGAGAAUGUGAUUCACCAGUAUUUAUCAAUGAAUCACGCGAGUGUGCUCAGAAACUUAUUACAAUGGUUGAUAAUGUUCAAUAUAUUUUGUUAAGAGAAAAUAUCGAUCAUUUUGAUAUCGUAGAAAAUCUUACAAAUGAGGAAUUUAUUUUGACGAAAAUAAUAUUACGUAAUAUUUUCUAUGAUUAAAAAAGAACUUAUAUAGAAAUAAUAUCGAAACGUACAUAUUGAACAUACACUCAAAUAAAUUUAUAAUAAACAUUUAAUGUAUAAAAUUUAUUUAAAUAUUUGUAAAAAAUUUAUCUAGUGUAAUAUAUUAGUGUACUUAUAUGUUGAUAAAUUACAAAUUGUCCAUAAAAAAA